AUGCAAGAUUCAUGGCGCAUGCUCGUGCAGCGGAGUUCGACUUGCGACGAGGACGCCGAGACUGAGCCGACUUGUCCCGUCUGUGGUGACCUGUUCACGAACAAUAGUGGUCGCCUGCUUGCAUGUGGCCAUGAGAUCUGCAGCGACUGUCUGGAUCUGGAUGCACUGGGUACUGCACCUAUUAUGCACGACGGCGAGUUUGGUCUCGGGAACGAGCAGACGAAUUUGCGCAUCGAGAAGGAGUUCGAGGCAGCCGCGGCUAAGGGUCUCCGCCCAUGUCCCACUGUAAGAAGAUGA